AUGGAGGAAAUCGCACCAGAGUAUGACGUUGUCGUUCUGGGCACAGGCCUCACUGAAUGCGUCUUGUCGGGCGUCCUAAGCGUCAAAGGCAACAAAGUCCUCCACAUCGACCGCAACGAUCACUACGGCGGUGAAGCCGCCUCAAUCAACAUAGAAUCACUCUUCAAGAAGUACGGCAACUACUCACCCGGCGAGGAGCCAUGGAAGAAAUACGGCCGGGUGAACGACUGGAACAUCGACCUCGUGCCCAAGCUGCUUAUGUCCAAUGGCGAGCUGACCAACAUCCUCGUCUCGACCGACGUCACGCGGUACCUCGAGUUCAAGCAGAUCGCUGGCAGCUACGUGCAGCAAGGCAAUGGACCCCGAGCGACGGUCGCCAAGGUCCCAUCCGACGCGGGCGAGGCGCUGCGGUCAUCCUUGAUGGGCAUAUUCGAGAAGCGGCGCGCGCGGAAUUUCCUUGAGUGGGUGGGCAACUUCAAGGAAGAUGACCCGUCGACACACAAGGGCCUGAACAUGAACACCUGCACAAUGAAGGACGUAUACGACAAGUUCGGCCUCGAAGCCACGACGCGCGACUUCAUCGGGCACGCUAUGGCGCUGUACGCAACCGACGACUACAUCAACACGAAAGGCAUGGCCCCAGAUGCCAUAGUCCGCAUCCGGCUGUACGGCAACUCCAUGGCGCGCUACGGCAAGUCGCCGUACAUCUACCCGCUGUACGGCCUUGGCGAGCUACCGCAGGGCUUCGCGCGCCUGUCAGCCAUCUACGGCGGGACGUACAUGCUGAAUACCGACGUGGACGAGAUCAUGUACGAUGGCGCAAAAGUGUCCGGAAUUCGCGCGACGAUGAAGGAGCGCGGCGAGGAGGGUGAUGGCAUGAAGUUUGAGACGAAAUGCAAGAAGAUUCUUGCGGACCCGUCAUACUUCCCUGGGAAGGUGCAGGUUACGGGCCAUUUGCUCAAGGCCAUCUGUAUCUUGAACCACCCGAUCGACCGCACAGAUAAUAGCGACUCCUUGCAGCUUAUUAUCCCGCAGUCGCAGAUCGGACGGAAGAACGCAGAUAUCUACAUCGCCAUGGUCUCCUCCGCGCACAACGUCUGCCCCAAAGGCUACUACAUCGCGAUUGUCAGCACCAUCGCCGAAGGCGACAGCAACCACCAUCUCGAGCUGCAGCCCGGGCUAGACCGCCUCGGCCGCAUCGAGGAGAAGUUCAUGGGCCCGCCCAUCCCAAUCUACGAGCCGCUGGAGAGCGGGAUCAACGACAACAUCUUCAUUAGCAAGAGCUAUGAUGCUACGAGCCAUUUUGAGACGACUACGGACGAUAUCAAAGAUGUAUACAGGAGAGCGGAGGGCAAGGAGUUGGUUGUUGAGGGGUUGAGGGAGGGCCAGAACUUGGUUGCGGAUGACUAG